AUGAAGCUAACUCAGAUCCUCGCGCCCGUCGUUGGGCUGUUUGCUGUUGCGAAUGCUUGGGGUGAGACCGCAGUUUGGACAACGGUCGUGGAAACUGACUAUACUACUUACUGCCCAUCUCCUACUACUUUCGCCUGGCAUAAUGUGACAUAUACUGCUACUACAGAGACCACUAUUACCAUCACCAACUGCCCUUGCACUGUUACCUACUCUCAACCUCCCCCGGUUACCAUAACUUCGUACCCUACGCCAACUCUUCUUCCUACGGGAACUGCCCCUCCCCCUUCUUACUCUUAUUCCAACGUGAGCUCUACGGUCAUCACUUACACCCCGACGCCGUCAACUUACAUCUCCGGAACCGUCCCCAUCACCACUCCCUCAGUACCGACUAACGUCCCCAUCCCGCCCACAACCUCCGGCCCGGUGGUGAUCCCCACUGCGGCUGCCGGCAAGGUUGGACCCAUCGGUGCUCUUCUUGCUGCUGGUCUCGCUGCCCUCGCUCUGUAA